UUUUAGAAGAAAAUUGACAUACAACUCCAAUUUUUCCAUCAGAUUCAUAAGAAAUGGCAAGUUCUUCACAAGGAGCUGUGCCAGGUUCUUCACAAGGAGAAGCAGUGCCAGAUUCUUUAGAAGAAAAAAUGCGAGUCAAGUUAGCUGAAAUUUGUGAACAUUUAUCACUUUCACAACGAAUUAGCGAAGAAGAUUUGCAACGUGUGAAAUCAGACCUCUUGGUCCUGCAGGAAGACAAAAAUACUGCCUGGAUCGAUGCAUUUGAGACACCAUCAUGUACUUGCCGUCAACUGGAGAUCGUCAAGAGGCUACUAUUGCACGAAAUGACGAGUCAUGGUCAAUUGGUAAACGAUCUUUAUCGUCAAAGUUUAGCGCUCGAUAUUGCUGCUGGGAAUGGUGAUUUGGAGACUGUUAAGAAUCUGUGCGAACUCAAUCUUCACCUGCUUGAUAAAAAUAAUUCAGAUAGCCAUGGGCUAGAAAUACCGGUUCUGCGGGCAUCUAAUGCAGGGCAUGGAAAGGUCACUGACUACCUUUAUUUCAACUACCGCUACCACAGAAAACUUAUUGAUAUUUUGAAGGGAAAUGAAGAAAUGGCUGCAUGUCUCCUUCUCGAUGCCAUAUUUUAUGGAUUUCUAGACAUUGCGUUGGACAUGCUGAUUACCGAACAAUUACCGUCUUCCCUGGCCGUGACUAAAAAGGCAAGUCAAAGAUCAACUCCACUUGAGCUCUUGGCUUUGAAACCUGACUUAUUUCGUAGCCACUGCAAUCUUGGAUUUUGGCGACGCCGCAUCUACUCUUGUAUAGAGUUGGAUUCUCCAGCCGAGUCUGAGGAGGCUUCGAAACCAAACCGAUGCCAACGUAUAUUUUGGAAAAUAAUACAACGUCUUCCCAAACGGUUUGGAAUCGAUCAAACAUCUGACCUAAAAGAUAGACAUUCCAAAGCUGAUAACUUGCUUCAGAGAAUGUGCAAAGCAACAAGAGCCAUGGUCAAGGACGAGAGCUGGAAAGAGACAGUCUAUGAAUCAUUACUUGCAGCGGUGGAGAAUGGGAACAAGGAAUUUUUCAUCGAGAUAAUCAAAUGUAACCCUCCACUUCUUUGGAUCUCGAAAGCUGCCUCUGGUCGAAACCUCUUUCAGCUGGCCGUUGAAUUCAAGAAAGAGAAGAUCUUUAAUCUCAUACAUGGUUUAGAUGAUAGAAAGGUCACGCUGCUUAGAUCUUCCGACAACAAAAACAACAACAUUCUCCAUAUCGCCGCUCAUCUCUCUACUCCCGACCAACUUUCUAAGAUUUCUGGAGCUGCUCUUAAGAUGCAAAGAGAGAGUCAGUGGUUUGAGGAAGUAAAGAGCAUGGUAUCAGAACGUGAAGUAGUGCAAAGAAACAACGACAACAAGACCCCGCGAGAAAUAUUUGAAGAUUCUCACGAACCUCUACGAAAAGAAGGAGAAGAAUGGAUGAAGUACACUGCCACUGCUUGUAGCUUCGUAGCAGCUCUCAUUGCAACUGUCACAUUUCAAGCAAUAUUCACUGUUCCUGGAGGUACUAAUGAAACUUCGGGUGCACCUCUUCUUCUCACUGACAAGCAUUUCACGGCGUUCAUCUUUGCAGACACUCUUGCCUUCUUCGCCUCCUGCAUCUCUGUGCUCAUAUUCCUAAGCAUUCUGACCUCAAGAUACUCUUUUGAUGACUUCAUAGUAUCACUUCCUAGAAAAAUGAUAUUGGGUCAAUCCAUUCUGUUCAUCUCUAUCGCCUCAAUGCUUGUUGCAUUCAUCACCUCGCUUUCGGCGUCGAUGCGUGAAAGGCCACUGCUUGUAGUCCCAUUUAAGCCACUCGCCAGCGUCCCUGCGUUUCUCUUCUUGAUGUUGCAAUAUCCUCUUCUCAAUGAGAUGAUUUCUUCCACCUACGGCAAACGACUCUUCCAUCGCGAUACAAAAAGUUGGCUAGUACCAUGUGUAGAUAUUACUAUUACACAUGGAUCAUCUGGACCCAUUUCAGCAAGCAGUAGUGGUCGCCUAAACAUUUAGUGGAGAUUUCUUUGUUAUUUUAGUCCCAAGUAUGAAUGUGUGAUUAUCAAUUUUUUUUGUCAAUGUUUAUCAAUUAAUUAUUUAUACAACAUGUUUUUAAAGAGAUUGGAGGGUAACUAAUAUUACAGAGUGCUUGAUGAAACUUCAAUCUCAGUUUGAAGGGAUAUUUCGGUUUCGGAACGUUUCCCUCUUCUCUAUAAUGUUGAAAAACAUAGGAUCCCACAUCGACUGUUCGACGAGUCAGUCGUGAAAUCAUCUUCUAUAAAUAGUUACCUUUAGGCUUUCGCCAUACGGAUUAUUGGGCCUUCAUUUAAUUUAUUCUCAGCUCAUAUUUGGUUAAGUGCAUUUUUUUUUGUGAGAGCAUAGUGUCAUUAUUGGGCCUUCGAUUAGUCUGCCUUUCUCCGGCCGACGAUUAGUUGGUUCGAUAAUGGCCUCUCAUCAUUGCUCCUCUUCAACUCUCUUUUUUUUCUUUUCGAUAUGACAUAACCUUUAGCGUUUUCACAAAUACAUGUUUUCAAAUCUAGCGUUCAAGUUUUCGAAAUACGUUUUAAA